UGUCUUUUGGUCGUGCAAAUGCACAGCGGGGCGCCUGUGAUUCACACGCUGAAGUAUUUCUACACUUCGUCCUCUCAAGUUCCAAACUUCCCAGAGUUUGUGAUGGUUGGUUAUGUUGAUGAAGUCCAGGUGGUUCACUAUGACAGCGAGAGCAGGAAAGCAGAAGCCAAACAGGACUGGAUGAACCAAAUCACAGAAGAGGAUCCAAACUACUGGCAGAGACAAACAGAGAACUGUGUUGCUCAGGAGCAAGUCUACAAAGUCAACAUUGAAAAUCUUAAGAAGCGUUUCAACCAAACUGGAGGUGUUCACACUUACCAGUGGAUGUAUGGAUGUGAAUGGAAUGAUGAGACUGAUGAAGUUAAAGGUUGGAAUCAGCGUGGUUAUGAUGGAGAAGAUCACAUAUCGUUGGACAUGAAGACAUGGACAUGGACUGCAGCAAAACAACAAGCUUUCCCCACCAAACUCAAGUGGGACCAGGACAUACUUAGACUAGACUACCUAAAGUAUUACUACACUGAGGAUUGUCCUUCUUACUUGAAGAAGUAUGUGAAGUAUGGCAAGGAGGUCCUAAUGAGAACAGAGCUUCCAGAGGUGUUCCUCCUCCAGAAGACGCCGUCCUCUCCGGUCACCUGCAUGGCGACAGGUUUCUACCCCGACCUAGCCGACCUGUUUUGGAGGAAAGACGGCGAGCAGAUGUUCGAGGACGUGGAGCACGGAGAGCUGCUCCCCAACCACGACGGAACCUUCCAGAUGUCGGUGGGGCUGAAAGUGGAGGUGACGGCCGACGUGGAGGGCAAGUACGAAUGUGUGUUCCAGCUGUCUGGCGUCGAGGAGGACUUGGUCACCAAGCUGGAGAGAAGAAGCAUCCUGAGCAACGCAAGCCAUGAAGACCACUGGAGCGUCGCCAUCGGUGCCACGGCGGCGGUCGUGGCUGUGGCGGCCCUCCUGGCGGCCAUCUUCCUCGUCAGGCGACACAGACAAGAUCCACAGAGACAGAGCACCCACUCUCACAUAGAAACACAGCGUGACGUGAGGAAAAAGUCCAUUUCACCUUUUGUUUCUCUGUCAUUUCAGCCCAAUACGAUCCAGCUCCUCGCCACGGCGGGGCCGAGCUCCCCGAGAACAUGCCGGCUGAAGGCUGAGUCGGACGCGGAGAUGUUUCGUCCUGAGGAAGAUGGCUACCCACCAGCUGCAGCCAAUGAGGGGAACUCCUUUGAAGUCACACGACAGUCCUUCCCAGCCACAACGCUUCCUCAUUCUCCACCAAUCACCUUUCAGACACGAUGA